AUGCGGGGGAUAACAAGGUUUUUAUUAACUCUAAUUCCGCACUUCAGAAAGAUUUUGUUGUCAGCUUUUGAGUGUCCACAUUGUGGUGAGAGGAACAAUGAAGUGCAGUUUGCUGGUGAGCUCCAGCCGCAAGGAUGUUAUUACCAAUUGGAAUUUGCAUCGGGGGAUCAAAAGAUGCUCAAUCGUCAAGUGGUGAAAUCUGAGACAGCCACUAUAAAGGAGACAAAUGCAUUGGAAAGAGUACAUGGGCAUAACAGGAACGUGGAAAUAGCUGCAGGCUGCUUCAUUAACCAUUUGGGAUUAAGAAUGAUUCCUGAACUGGAUUUUGAGAUUCCACCAGAGGCUCAACGCGGAUCUUUGUCAACUGUUGAAGGAAUAUUGGUAAGAGCUGCUGAUGAGUUAGAGGCCCUUCAAGAUGAAAGAAAGAAAGUGGAUCCUAAAACUGCUGAAGCAAUCGACUUAUUUUUGCAAAAACUGAGGGCUUAUGCAAAAGGAGAAUCUUCCUUUACUUUCAUUCUUGAUGAUCCUGCGGGCAAUAGCUUCAUUGAGAAUCCGUAUGCUCCUUCUCCCAAUCCAUUAUUGACUAUUAAGUUCUAUGAACGGACUCCUGAGCAACAAGCAUCUCUGGGGUACCUUGUUGACCCAUCAAAGAUGGGUGACGUUGGUGAUGAAACAUCUUCAGAGGAAAACAGACAUAACUCUGAUCAAUCAAGUAGAGAACCUCAUGGAUCUAUUGGAGCUCCUGCUGGUCAUCGGGCUAUUGCUCAAGAGAUUCCAUAUUUCCAAGAAGUUAUUGUUAUGGCAUCUACCUGUGAUGCUUGUGGAUACCGCAAUUCUGAGUUAAAACCUGGUGGCCGAAUUCCUGAAAAAGGAAAGAAAAUUACAUUACAUGUGAAGAACAUAAAUGAUUUAAGCCGUGAUGUGAUAAAGCAUAAAAUCAAACAUUGUCCAAACAAUUGA